AUGAAGGCUUGGGAGGCGACCGUUCGAAGGACGCAGGCCGCGGCCAAGAAACGAGCCAACACGAUCUUCGGCACGUCUUACCCGGUCGAGAACAACCCAAACUCCGUCGAAGAUCAAGAAACGAACGACGACCCAUAUGAUGAAACACACGCUCCUGGUGAGGUGUACCACGCGGAGAAAUUCCUCCCCAACGGCGACUACUACGCGGGCUACUGGGCCGACAGCUUCCCCCACGGGCAGGGCAAGUAUUGGUGGACCGAUGGUUGCAUGUACGUUGGGGAGUGGUUUAAAGGAAAGACGAUGGGUAAAGGCGUAUUCAGCUGGCCUUCAGGUGCAAUGUACGAAGGGAAUUUCAAGAGUGGGUUCAUGGAUGGUGACGGGACCUACACAGGAGCAAACGGGGGCACUUAUAAAGGCUCGUGGGUGAUGAAUCUAAAGCACGGUUAUGGUCUAAAGGAGUAUGCAAACGGGGAUAGCUAUGAAGGCGAAUGGAGCCGGGGUUCGCAAGAAGGGCAAGGGAAAUACCAAUGGAAAAAAGGGAAUUGUUACGUAGGGGAUUGGAAAAACGGGAGGAUUUGCGGUGUCGGGAGGAUGACGUGGACGAAUGGGAACGCGUACGAGGGGAGUUGGGACGAUGGGCUCCCGAAAGGGAACGGGACUUUCAAGUGGGCCGACGGGAGUUUCUACAUGGGGAACUGGUCGGUCGACCCGAAGGAGCAGAACGGGACUUACUACCCGUCGUCCGGUUCGCUUCUCGAGGGGAAGCUUGAGUGGGACCCGCAGGAGGUUUUCUUGAACGAUUUGAAGGAUUGUAAGGUUUGUCCCACGGAGAAAGUGCCGAUAUGGCCUUCGCAGAAGAAGUUGGCCGUGUGGAGGUCGUCGAAAGGGGCAGGUGGCGGGGUGGGGGGUGGUGAGGAGGGUGGGAGCGUGAGGGGAAGGAGAAUGUCGGUGGACGGGAGGAUAGAGGGAGGGUCGGUGGAGAAGGAGAUUGGGAACAUGAGGCUUUCGGAUGGGGCGGCACCGAGCCUGCAUUCAGUUGGCCGACCUGGACCUCCUCCAUCGCUCGAUUUGAAGCCAUCAGCUUUCGACCCAAAGGAGAAAUUUUGGACAAAAUUUCCUCCCGAGGGUUCCAAAAUUACACCACCCCACCAAUCUUGUGAGUUUAAAUGGAAAGAUUAUUGCCCCAAAGUAUUCAGGACACUGAGAAUGUUAUUCAAAGUGGAUCCAGCAGAUUACAUGCUAUCGAUAUGUGGCAAUGAUGCAUUGCGGGAACUUUCAUCUCCCGGUAAAAGCGGAAGCUUCUUUUACUUGACGAAUGAUGAUCGUUACAUGAUAAAGACGAUGAAGAAAGCUGAAGUAAAAGUUCUCCUGAGGAUGCUGAACGCAUAUUAUAACCACGUUCGAGCCUUUGAGAACACGCUAGUGACCAAAUAUUAUGGCCUGCAUUGUGUCAAGUUGAACGGGCAGAAGGUUCGGUUCAUCAUCAUGGGAAAUCUAUUCUGUUCAGAGUACACUAUUCAUAGAAGAUAUGAUCUGAAAGGAUCGACUUUCGGCCGGCUGACAGAUAAGCCCGAAUCGGAAAUUGAUGCAAACACAACACUCAAAGAUCUCGAUCUCAACUUCAUUUUCCGGCUCCAAAAGACAUGGUUCCAAGAAUUCAGGAGACAAGUCGAUCGGGACUGUGAGUUUCUUGAACAAGAGAGGAUUAUGGAUUACAGCCUUUUGGUUGGUCUUCAUUUUACAGAGGCAUCGAACGACGAGCACACUCCAACCGGGACUUUAACCCCUGUCGCAGAUAAUGCUGGUUCAGACGAAUCAGUUCCUCGUUUAUCCCGAGCAGAUGUAGACCAGUUGCUUUUAGACCCUGCCGGGUGGGCCAGCAUUCGACUCGGGAUCAACAUGCCAGCUCGUGUCGAAAGAACCGAGAGGAAACAAGACACAGAGCUUCAGUUGGUAGGGGAGCCCACAGGAGAAUAUUACGAUGUGGUAAUGUUCUUCGGCAUUAUCGACAUCCUUCAGGAUUAUGACAUCACCAAGAAACUCGAGCACGCGUACAAAUCCAUUCAAUACGACCCGAACACCAUAUCAGCAGUCGACCCAAAACAGUACUCGAGGCGUUUUCGCGACUACAUUUUCAAAGCUUUUGCUGAGGACACGUAA